AUGGUAUGGAAGGUGGGAGGAGGGGAAAAAAUAAAAUUCUGGAAAGAUAAUUGGUUGGGGGAAGAUUAUAAACUUGAACAGCAAUUCAAUCAGCUAUUCCUGAUUAGUGAUCAGCAGAACAGUACCAUAUCCAACAUGGGAAUCUUUUCCCAAGGCAAGUGGUGUUGGGACUUAAAGUGGAGAAGAAAUUUAUUUGACUAUGAGCAACAUACAACUGUGACAUUCAUGGAAGCAAUUACUGACAUUCAAAUCCAACCUCAUAUGCAGGAUAUUCAGGUUUGGAAAGCUGAUCGCAGUGGUAUAUAUUCUACUAAGUCAGCUUACAGACUUUUGAAGACCACCACCCCAAUUAUGGAGGCCAACAUCCUGAAGAUUGUAUGGAAUCUGAAUGUACCCCCAAGGGCUGCGAUUUUCUCAUGGAGACUUAUCCUAGAUAGACUGCCCACUAGAGGAAAUCUCCUUCGAAGAAAUAUGCAGAAGCAGGAUACUUCAUGCCCUCUGUGUGGGAAUGCUCAAGAGGAGGUGGAUCAUUUGUUCUUCAAUUGUGAAAUGACCUUAGGGCUGUGGUGGGAAUCUAUGAGUUGGAAUCAGAUGGUUGGCCCCAUUGCAUCAUCUCCAGCAGCACACUUUAUUCAAUUCUGUGAGGGCUAUGCCAUAGGGAAAAAUCAAUCUCAUCGAUAUGGAUGGUGGGUAGCUCUGACUAACUCUAUAUGGAAGCAUAGAAACCAGGUGGUUUUCGAGGGUAAUCACUUUCAACCAUCUAAAGUGAUGGAUGAUGCUUUAUUCCUCAAUUGGUCAUGGUUAAAGACCAGAGAGAAACACUUCAGGUUUUCUUUCAACCAAUGGUCUUCUAACCUUGUGGCUUAUUUUAGUUGA